AUGGGCCCAGAAAGUGCGUCAUCGUCUAGAUAUGAUGGGAAAGGACUGGCCACGGAGUCGGAGCCCACUUCUGCUUCUGACGGACAUGCAAAUCUCGACAUGGAGAUUCAGCUCCCUCGCACUUUUCGAAGAGCCUCGAGCAGGGAAAUAGAUUGCGACAACAUCCUCCGAACUGUUUUCCCCAAAGUGUUUGGAAAGACAUCGUUCAAGGGAAAGCAGAAGGAGAUCGUUGAAGCCACGCUUCGGGAUGCGGACGUCUUUGUCAGUGCCCCAACUGGGAUGGGAAAGGCAAGUGUCUAG